GAGAGGCAGAUGAACAGAGAGAAAGAUAGGACAUUCCCAUUUACUAGUUCACUCCUUAAGUAUGCACAGCAGAGACACAGACCAGGCGCCAGGAGCUGGAAACUCAACCUAGGUCUCCCACAUGGAGGUCGGAACCCAUUUACUUACGCUGCUUCCCGGGUGAGCAUUAGCAGCAAGCUGGAGUCAGGAGUUAGUGUCAGGUAACCAACUCUUGUACUCCAAUAUGGGAUGCAGAGGUUCUCAACUGGUGAUUUAACUGCUUGCCCAAAUGCCCAUGGCUAUUUCACAUAUUAGUACCUGAGCUUUCAGUACAUAGUGUAAGAUAAAUGAAAAAAAAAAUUCACAGAAUAGAAAAUUGUUAACAUGCUUAAAAGAUGCGUAUUCUUUAAGGAGGCAAUUAUAAAGUAAAUUGAUCCUCUAAAUAAAAACUGCCAACAAUUUGUGUAGACCUGUAAUUUCAAGGAAUGAAUUUGCAGUGAGUAAUUUCCUAUUUCAAUACUUCAAACAUAGGCACUACUAAACUUUAAGCUUGGGUCUAACCCUUUUAAAAUAUAUAGACAUGUCUUAUCAAAAAAAAAAAGAGAUAAAAAUCUUAAAUUUAAAAACUUCUAUUAUACUUGGAAGAAAUCUAGAAUGGACUUCUAUAAGAGAAAAUCAGCUAUUUUUGAAGUAAUUUCCACAUAAUUCUACUUAGUUUGAAUAUGCUAAACAUAAAUCUGAUGCCUUUCAAUGUUCAAUCUUUUAAAAUCACCACUAAAUUUUAAGUAAACUUAUUAAGUAUGGUGUCUUAUAGGCUAACCAUUUAAAACUCCCACAACUGUUUUCAUAGACGCACAGGACUACAGUGGGUUCUGUGAUAUUUCUUUUCCUACCUUUUAUGUAAGCCCACCUCCUAAAGUUACUUCCAUUUCUGUUCCCAGUUGACAUCUCCUUUCUUCACAAAGCUUUUCUAUGUCAUAAUUUUGUUAUGAAAGGCUGUGCAGCCUAUUUAGUGAUAGAUAAUAGAAGUCAAGGACACAAGACUGGCAUGUUUUCUAUAUUAGUGCCACAACUCAAGAGCUGUGACAUUUUGCCAAGUUACCCUACUUCUCUGUUUCAGUUUCCUUAACUGUAAGAAGGGAACACCACCACCAAGUUCAUCUGAGCAUUUGAUGAAGGUACUACUAACAGACAGCCAUCAAAUAUUUCCUAUUAUAGUUCAAAGUCAAUUUUGGUUCUUCUUCAUGACAUACAACUACAGUUUUCUGUUUUGAGGUCGAACAUCAUUAGUUGGAGAUAAUAUCACUACUAAAUUUUUUAUUAUAGCAAAGAAGUAGAACACAGAUUUUUUUGAUGUGCUAUCUGCACUUGCCUUUUUGUCUCUAAAUUUCUGAUUCCCUAUAUUUCUUAGCAUAGCCAACUUAGUAGCACCAGUUUUAUUUUGAACAUUAUAUUUAUUUAUUUUGCAUGCUUGAGAGGUGGAGAGAUAGAGUUAGAAACAGAGAUCUCCAAUCCAGUGGGUCACUAUUCCCAAAUGUCUACACCAAUUAAGGCUUGGCUAGGCUAAAGCCGAGGAUCCAACUACCUGAGCCAUCAGCUGCUGUCUCUCAAGGUUUACAUCAGCAUGAAGCUGGAAUGGACAGCAGGGCGGGGCCUCAAACCCAGGCACUCUAACAUGGAAUGUGGGCAUCUCAGGUAGUGGUGUAACUUACAUUGUACCAAAUGCCCACCUGUCAGCAUCAUUGUGAGAACAUGUCUAAAACAUGGACACUCAUGCUUCACUUCAAUUGCCUUUAAAAUGCUUAGUUCAAAACAGUUUAUAUUUUUAUUUAAAAAAAUUUUUUUUGGAAAAGCAAAGGAUCAGCAUCACAGAUUUAAACCUCAAAGUGCCAGCCUCAAAUAAUGAGGAAAUACUGCCAUAGCAAAGUUAGUACACUUCAGAUUUGCCUGAACAGCAGACUAAGAGAUUUCUAGACAAAUUCUACAUAUAAUGUGCAGAGGUUUGUCACAUUAACUAGUAGGCAUAUAUUGAAUUAUAGCCAGGAAAAGAGAGAGAGAGAGAGAAAGAGAGAGAGAGAGGAUUUUAAGUACCCUUACAGCAGGCUGGAAAGCAUGAAAUGAAAGACAUGCGAGGCUGAGAGGGUGCUUCAUCUGAGUCCUCCAUCUUGGAAACAGAGCCCUCUGUGCAGGUUCUCUGCACCCACAAACACAGGCCAGUAACAGGAAGCAGCAUUCGGUGGCUGCCUCUUUGAUCCACUUCAAUCUUUUCCCCCAAAUUCUUCAUUUUACCCACUUUAAUCUUCUAAUUUCUUACUAAAUAUGUAACUCUACUUCCUUUACCUGUUUAUUAACUUUUCAUCUUUUCAAUACCUUCUCUACUCAUUGAUCUUCCCCUUUUACAUAAAGUUAUGGCUUCCUAUAAUGUUUACUUUUCUUUUCUGAACUAUUUUUUAUGUCUUUGCAUUAUUUUUUCAUUUCAUGUUAUUCUAAAUUUCCUUGUCCUUUUUAUUACUCUGUCCCAUAUUCUUCUUUCUUAUUACCUUCUUUCCCUGGGGAAGCAAUAUUGUACUUCAGGCACAUACCACUUACGUAUUCUGUAUGUUAAAUAAUUUUCCACACUGGUACUAACACUAGCCUCACAACUUCCAGACAAAAACCCAUUUUCUCACAAUUGUAGCCCUGAUUUAUUCUUCUAUUAAGUCUCAUUCCUCCUUUCCCACACUUUUCUGAACUGCUGUGUUAGGACUCUAACACAGAUUCUCGUAUUCUGAUGGGGCAGAUUCCAGACAGGUAAGUCGCUAACUGGCAAGUGCGACAGAGUGGUAGAUCAGAGAUGAGGUUAGUUUCAAUGUUACAGUAACCCUUAAGUGACAGGUGAAAAUCUCACUCACUGAAGGUUCUACCAACUUCCUACUGACAUAAGAAGUUAUGAACCUAUCAAAACUGAUCUUACAAACUAAACUGGGCUUAUAAGUAAUUAUGUUCUCACUGGGGCUCUUUCCUUGUCUAAUGCAUUUUUCAGCUAACUGAAAAGAGGAACCAUAUGGUUUCUUUAUUUUAAGCAAAGUCACAAAAGAGAAAACAUUUUUGGCUGAAGAUAAUUCAUGGCCUAUAUUUUCUGUUGCUUCACAUAGUGCUUUUGAAAACAUUUUAAAAAAUGAAACUCUGAAGAAUAAGAUUUUGGGUCAUCUUUAAGAACAUCUGGUAGGAAGUACAAAAUAACCCAUGGCAGGACUCAAACCUCCAAAAGUUUCAUUUUCCUUCACUUUUAAAUCUUUUGUACAAAGAAUAAAAAGCAGAAUUUAUUGACUUAGAUUUUACCUUCCGUGCUUAUACUCUGGCAGAAGUACCAAUAAAAAGUAAACAGAAAGGAAACAAACAGCCUGACCCAGUUAAAUGUUUGCUGAGCUCCUAACACUGAAUGCACUAUGCUAUAGAGAAAGCAAAAUUUAACAACAUGAGGCAGUGCAGGGUGGGAGAAAGAGCACCAGCUUUGGAAUCAGUCUCAGCUAACAAAUUCUCAACCAACCGAUGGCAAUGUCACAUUGAGAAAACUGCUGCACUCUCAUACAGUCACUUAAAGGUUAAAUGAAAUGAAGCAUGUAGAAUACCUGAGACACUACAACACAGAGUACGUUCCAGACAAGUAUUUUUCUUUCAUUUCUUUCUGCCUCCAUCAAGGAUCUUUAUUAUCUCGUUUGAGAGGGUAGCAAUAAUACAAGGAUAAUAUGAACAUCCAAGUAGUAAAACAUAAACACAAUUAUUUGAGAGAGCAGCAGUGUGAGUGAGGUCAAUACUUGAAGAAUUAUCCAAAGAGUCAUAAAAACAGUAAGAAGCAUGAGGAUUCAGUGGGUAGCUGCACUUUAUCAGACAACUUGGUUCAAAAAGGGAAUUUAAACUGACACCUGAAAAAUGAAGACAGGUUCAGAUACGCAGUCAGAAGGGGGAAGGGUGAGGUAUAGGAAAAAAACACCCUAUGAGGGCAAAAAAGAGCAUAAAUAAAAGUGUCUGUUUAGGAGCUGAAGCGUGUGGUUUAUAGAAAGCUGUCACUGGGAAAAGCGCCCAGGAUUGGGUGAGAAGUUUCAGCCCUGAGAUUUGAGUCUGGCCUGCUUAACUCAAGCCAGAAGACAGCCCCAGCUGAGAAAUUUCAACAGCAGUGGGGAAGUGACAACCUGAUCAAGCUUGUUUUCAAGAUUAACUCAUCAGAGGUUUACAGGAGGGUUCAAAGAACCAUUUUAAGUUUAGGCUGGAUGUAUGAGAGUGAAAACUAAAAAAAGACAAUAUGGGGUUGUGGGAAGAAAUCUGAUGUCCUUUUAAAUACUCUUAUUGAUCAUCACCGUGUACUAAGAGAAAUAAGUGAAUGAAAACUCAAAUAUGCUGAAAAGUCAAUUUAUGUUCAAAACUUCUUAUUGUACUUUGCAAUAGAACAUCAAAUCUCUCUUAGCUAAGCCUAUUAAUCAUAGAAAAACUAUAGUUACUAAUCAUAAAACUAACAUCUAAUACUCUGAGAUUUUCCUUUCCCUAAUGUUAAGAAAAUUAUCCUCGUGUGUGUGCUGGUGUACCAAACAAGUAUAUUUAGUAUAACUCCUCACUUAGAGGCAAGGCAAAUGAGGACAGGGGAGACAGUUAGAUGGUUGCAGAAGUAGAACUUGCCCGGAACUCUUCAAGUUUUAGCAUCUAUCACAUUCAGACCUCCAAACUCACUCAUGUGCUUUAUUUUCCUACUCAUAUGUUGUUUCUCAUCACUGGAAUAUUUAUUUGCUUAAUUGUUCUUAUAGACCUUUUAAGAUUCAGUUCAAGCUUUACUUCUCAGAGAAACCUUCCCUGAAGCCUUCCCAGACUAAGUUACUUCUUCUGUGCAUCUCCUGAGAUCUUUAUGGAAAAAACCUGAUCACAGUAUUGUUAACUAUUUUCUACCUCUAUGUUUCUGUCAUGGGAAUCUGGAACACCUGAAGGCAAUAUAUACAUACAUAUAAAAAUAUAUAACUCUCUAAACCCAGAACAUGGUUCACCCAAAAUAUGGUAUUAAACAAUACAUGAAAGAAAGCUACCUCAGGACUCCUUGAUGAACUGGAUAGGAUUGACUUGAUGGGAUUAAGAGAGCAGCCCAGGAUUCCGAGCCUAGGACCCUGAGAUGACUGGAGUGCUUUAGAAAUAUGAGAUGCUGCCUCUAGGAAGCGGUGUCAGACACUGAAGAUUCUGCAGAUUAAUACUACAGCAGACUCUCGGUGGUGGUACCACUAACAAGCACAGAGAAGCCGGGAGAGAAGUCCUUUAUGAGUAUAAAGGCACUGGUAAGGAGGAAACAUUCUGAAAUGGAUCCCAAAUAUUUCAUCUCAAUUUUGUUUUGUGGACUCCUGAGCAAUAAUAUAUUUUCCUCAGGGAUAGAGGCGAGUACAACAGAGAAACCGGUACAGCCUACUAUAUUUAGCUCAUCAAUGCCCAAUGUCUUGGCCAAUUCUCAAAACACAUCAAGGAAUCCUUUGACUCUACCAACACAAUUCAACAACCUUUCUUCUGGGCAACCAAGAUCCCUGGCCAAAGUCACUGCUGGAGAACCAAUACCAGUUGCCCUUGCCUCUUCUGGAAAACCUGCUGUACAAAGUUCCACCAGACCACCACUUCCCUAUAACACCAUCACACAAUCUAUACCACCAGUGGCCAAUACCUCCCCGGGACAGACAGCACUAUCAGAGUUCACUUCUGCUAGACAAUCACCAAUACAAUCUACCUCUGCUUCCACUCAGCAAGCAUCACCACCUGUCCACAUCUCGUCCACAAAACCAGUCCCACCAACUGCUCAUGAUCUAGCCACACGACUAAUAUCAACUGUUAAAAAUUCACAGAGGAUCACACCAGGAUUCACCUUCGAUGCUACCACUAAUAAAAAAACCUCACAUAAGACCAAUUCUAAUUCAACAGCUGCCAUAUUAAUUGGUAUAAUUCUGACUUUUAUGAUGAUAGUGAUAAUCAUGAUUGUACUAUGGAAAUGCUUGAGAAAGCCAGUUUUAAAUGAUCAAAACUGGGCAGGUAGGUCUCCAUUUGCUGAUGGGGAAACACCUGACUUAUGUAUGGAUAACAUUAGAGAAAACGAAGUACCCACAAAACGUACAUCAAUUGCCUCACUUAUAGCCUGGAAACCAAGCAAGAGCACACUUUCAGCAGACAAUUUAGAAAUUAAAUUGUUUGAAUCAAAUGAAAAUAUUGAGGAUUCCAACAGCCUCAAAACAGAGAAAACAAAAGACCAAGUAAAUGGUGCAUCAGAGGACAGCGCUGAUGGGUCAACAAUUGGCACUGCCGUUUCUUUGUCAGAUGAUGCAGAUCUGCCUCCGCCACCUCCGCUUCAAGAUUUGGAAGGACAGGAGAAUGUCCACUCUGUCACACCCACAAUGACAAUUCCUUCUCCUCUUCCAAAUGAUUCUACUAAUCUCCUACCAUCUCUGGACUGUCUCAAUCAAGCCUGUGAAGAUCAAACAUCUUCACUUUCCCCAGACUCACCUAACUUACCCUUGCCACCGGCAGAUUUUGUGAAAAGUCAAGGAGAUUGCAACAGUGAGGUCCAAUGUCAAGAGUUCUCGAUUCCUCUUGACUAUGCUCAAGAUCUUAACGAAUCCCUGCCACUGCCACCUGCGGAACUGUUAUAAAUACAAAAUGUGCUUUUUAGUUGAUUGUCCACCCUUCUUAAAUGACUCCAUCUUUUAUUUUUCUUUUAUGUGAUGAAUUGUAUAAAAUAGCAACUAGCAGAAAAUUUUGAUUUUUGUUCAGGAACUACCUGGAAGCCUCAUGUACACAGGUGGAACAUUUUUUUCAAAGAGUUAUUUAACAAUGACCUAUUUACUAGUUACAGUAAAUGGUAUCUCUAAAGGACAGUACAUUUUACAGAUGUGAGUGGUAUACGCCAAUAAUAACCAUUUUGAAGUAAGAUUCUACAUAAAAUUACUCAAUAGACUUUUUUUCUGAAAAGCUGUGUAGAAAAUUACCUUGAAUAAAUAAAUUUUUAUUUUUCUACUUCAAAGUUUGGGAUGGCGAGGAUUAAGAAAUUAAAUAAAUACUCCAAAUUUUAAAUCAACACCUCAAGUAUUAAAUAAAUAAUCCAAGUUUGUGGGGGUGGCAUAUUUGCAUGUUUGAGAAUACAGCAAUAUUCUUUCUGUUUUCAUUGGAAACAGAAAAGCAAACUAAGGGGUUAAGUUGAGGCCAUUUACCUUGAAAAUAAAAUGAGCACACUCCCUAAAAUGUAAACAGUUCCUUAUUAUGUUGGGGAAGCACUAAUUUUAAAACUAGCCUCUUUGAAAAGUAUUCUUAAGCAUUGAAAUAAAAAGGUCUUAUAAAUGAGAGAGAAGAAAGAAACUAGUGCUUCAUUCCAGAUGUGGAUGAUUAUUUCCCAGGAGAAACAUACUAUUUCAAAAUAUGGACAAUUCUCAACUUUUCACUAAGCUCAUACUUCCCGUCCCUAAAACUCUCAGACCACUUUUUUUUUUUUUUUGACAGGCAGAGUGGACAGUGAGAGAGAGAGAGAGACAGAGAGAAAGGUCUUCCUUUUGCCGUUGGUUCACCCUCCAAUGGCCGCCGCGGCCGGCGUGCUGUGGCUGGCACACCGCGCCUAUCCGAAGGCAGGAGCCAGGUGCUUCUCCUGGUCUCCCAUGGGGUGCAGGACCCAAGCACUUGGGCCAUCCUCCACUGCACUCCCUGGCCACAGCAGAGAGCUGGCCUGGAAGAGGGACAACCGGGACAGAAUCCAGCGCCCCGACCGGGACUAGAACCUGGUGUGCAGGCGCCGCAGGCGGAGGAUUAGCCUAUUGAGCCACGGCGCCGUCCUCAAACCACCUUUCUCACUUGGAAUUUCAAAGUUUAAUCUAUUAGCCAACAAUUGACACACCUAAAUUAUCAGAGGCAGGCCUACCCUUCGUCAAAGAGAAGGAUGCCAGUGGUCACUGGCCUAUUUCUGCUUGUGGGGAUGCCACCAGAUGUACAGACGUGCUCCUCUGCCCAGUAAGCACGUAUUCUUCCUCAUCACCCUCACUUUCAGUGCAGGGGCACAGUGUCUGUUAUAGAGAAAUGUGUGGCAUUCUCAUUGGUAGCUUGGUCUUUGAUCACUUCCAGUGGUUCUGGGAUUUUCAGAACAUAGUAUUCACUUGUAGCAUUUGUAUCAAAGAGACUAAGCACCAUUUUUAAUAAAAAUGAGCAGGCUUUAGGACUCCUUAAACCUUUUAAGCCAUCCCUUACUGACCGUUAAGACUUUAUUUGCAGGGGCCAGCACUGUGGCACAGCACGUUAAACAACAGCCUACAAUGCCCGCAUCCCAUGAGUGCUGGCUCAAGUCCUGGCUACUCCACUUACAUUCCAGCUGUCUGCUAAUACUCCUGGGAAAGCAGCAGAGGAUGGCCCAAGUGCGUGGACCCCUGUAACACGUGUGGGAGCCUCAGUAGGUGCCGCCAUCUGGGGAGUGAAACAGUGGAUGGAUGAUAACUGUCUUCCCUCCUUCUCUGUAACUCUACCUUUCAAAUAAAUAAAUAAACCUUAAAAAUA